AUGGGCUUGCUGUUCGUAUUACUGGUCCUCUUUACCAUUCCUGUGGAUGGGGAAGAUCUGAAGCAAUGUUGGGCUUCAGAGAAUGGGGGCCCGGCCAGAUUUUGGCCGAAUGGGGAGAUCAUAUUUAAAGGUACCCUUUGUGACAUUUGUUUGAUGCUGUUAUAGAUGAGUUCCUUUUCCAAUGCUUUGAUGGUAAUCUUGAACCUUAUGGAUGUCGAUUAUCCAAUGGAGAGAUUUUAUUUCUCAACGAACAGCUAAUUGUUGAUGAUAAGGUCGUCAAAUGCACCUAUUUUGAAUAUUACAUUGAUCUUGUUGAGGUUGGCUGUGCAAUUGAUGGAAUUACAGUAAUCGAAGGAGGAAAAUCAUGGAUAAAAGUAGUUUCAUUACAUUGUUAAUUGAAGUUUGAUUGUAUCUUAUUUAAGGACGGGGUUUACUAUAUUUGCAAUGAAAGUAGAGGCCAUUAUCACAUUAGUCCAAGUGCUUGUGUGCUUAAGGAAAGCGACGAAAUGAUCAGAAUAGGGGAAACGGUGAACAUCCAUAACUACACGUAUGCACUUUCACUUCUAGUAGCUGAGCCUGCUGUACAAUAAAGUUACAGUAAUCUUUACAGGUUGCAAUGUCAGCCAUCUGGUGAUGGCAAACUAAAAUUGGUGUCUACUGGAUGUCUCAACAAUGGCAAAAGAUAUAAAAUAGGAGAUCAGUGGACAGUAAGUCGCAGUUUCUCUUUUAGCAAUGCUUUAAGGAAGAUGGCUUUGUAUUUUAUUGUAAAAAGAAAAGCAACGAAUGUGUAAAGAAGUGCGUGGGGUGCUCUUGGGAUAAUAAAACCCUCUACAACGGAGACAGAUUCACAAAGGAUAAGUGUGUUUUCGAAUGUGUUAUCAGACCAGAAAGACAUAUACAAGAUCCGGUGGGCUGUCUUUUCAAUGGAAUCGAGAAAGUGGUUGGUUGUAUGUGGUAAGAAAAGCCUUCCCUUCUCGUACAUUGCAGGAAAGAGAACAUGGGAUCGUUCAGAACAGAACUAACUUGCGCUUCCGAUGGGGAAAAGAGUGAGGUUAUUGUGAAUGGAUGUCAUUACCCUCAGGGAGAAUACGAUCUUUUCUUUAUUCCAUCCGAAUCAUACGCCAUAUUCAACGAUGGACAACGUCAGAUGGUUGCUGCUUGUCGUGGAAAUAAAAAUGAUGUUUCUACAUUUCAAUUGGAAACCUUUACAGUGGAUGAACUUCCAUUUAGAACCAAAGGUCUAACUCAAGUUGAACCUCAAGGAUAA